GUGAUUUACAGUAGAUUGCUUUGCUUCGCAUGUAUUUAUAUACAUCAACCAUCCACAACUUCAACUCCUAAGACAUUCUAUCUCUCUUCCUGGCUCCCUCCCUCCCUUUUUGCUAUUUGCUUUUUGGUCUUUGGUUGAGUGAGUUUGUCUAAGUCAAGCUGAGGCGAUGAAUAAGAGAGUUUAUCCUACUGUUCUUCUUCUCUUCCUUGUUUUCCUUAUUUCCUCCUCCCAUUUAUCCGCUCGGUUCAUAGCAACUAAACAAGAACAAGAGGAGGUAGAGCUAAAUCAAAUCACUAAAAGAUCAGAGGAGAUUGAACCCGUGACUCUAAUGAACAUGGAAGCCUGUGAUACUGGAGAUGAAGAAUGUUUGAAGAGAAGAACAAUAUUAGAGGCUCACUUGGACUACGUUUACACACAGCACCACAAGCCUUGAGACUCGUAGAUCAAGAAUUUUAAGUUCAUGUAUCUUCUUCUAUAUUUUCAACCCAAGAAUGAUCAAUUCCCUAUGAAACCACUAGAAUGGUAUGGUUUCUGUAUGUAUUGUACUCCAUAAUUAGUAAAUGAAACACCUAAAU